UCGCCGGUGAGCGCCAUGCGGCCUUCCUCCCGCAUACUCGCCGCGAGGCACCUCCUACGCGGCUCCCGCCUCCAACCCUCCACGGCGGCCGCCGCCUCUUGUCUAUUGCGGCGGCUCGACGGAACCAACGGGCCGCCCGUCCCGAAGCCUCUCACUAGUCCUCACCUCGGAGGCCCCGGACCAAACUGUAUCCCUGGGACUGGGAGAGGCGCCCCCUUCGGCCGCCUCAACUGCCUGCUGCCGGACUCCACCUACCCGCCGCGGUCUCCCCGCGACCCGAGAGGGCAUGCAUUCUCCACAUCUGCCAAUGCUGCGACAGUUGGGAAGCCGGCUGAUGGCAACGUGCGUAAAGAUACCCCGAAGAAGGACAUCGACGAUCAGAUAGCAGACUCACAGAUCCUUCGAAGCCUUUGGAAGUACCUGAUGCUGAAUGAUAGCCCUGAUUUCCGCUUCAGGCUUGUGUUGUCAUUGGGCCUCUUAGUUGGCGCAAAGGUUAUAAAUGUUCAAGUGCCUUUCUUGUUUAAGCUUGCUAUCGAUUGGCUUGCAGCCAUUGGCGGCGCUGAAGCCUCACUGGCAUCGUUUACAAAUGCUAAUGCAACCCUGUUGGCUCUCUUUGCAAGCCCAGCAGCAGUUCUGAUUGGAUAUGGUAUUGCACGGUCAGGAGUCUCAGCUUGUACAGAACUGCGCAAUGCUUUAUUUUCUAAAGUGACCUUGAGAGCCAUCCGGUCAGUCUCCAGAACGGUAUUUUUUCACUUGCACGAGCUUGAUCUGCGUUAUCAUCUAAGCCGGGAAACUGGAGCUCUAAAUCGCAUAAUUGACCGAGGCAGCCGCGCAAUAAGUUACAUUCUUACAGUGAUGGUGUUCAAUAUUGUUCCCACAAUAAUAGAGAUUGGUAUGGUGUCAAGUAUACUUGCCUACAGCUAUGGUUCCAGUUUUGCUUGGAUUACUUCAGUUUCAGUUGCUACUUAUAUUGCUUUCACUUUGGCUAUAACACAGUGGCGGACUAAGUUCAGGCAAGCCAUGAAUAAAGCUGAUAAUGCUUCUAGUACAGUGUCAGUUGACUCCCUUCUGAAUUAUGAGACUGUCAAAUACUUCAACAAUGAGAAAUUUGAAGUUCAGAAGUACGACAAAUAUUUAAAGAAUUAUGAGGAUGCUGCACUGAAAACCCAAAGUAGCCUUGCCUACCUGAAUUUUGGGCAAAGUGUUAUAUUUAGCUCAGCAUUAUCCACAGCAAUGGUUUUGAGCUCAUAUGGUGUGAUGAGUGGUGCUCUGACUGUUGGUGAUUUGGUCAUGGUUAAUGGACUUCUAUUCCAGCUCUCACUGCCUCUGAACUUCCUUGGUAGUGUCUAUCGAGAAUCUAGACAAAGCCUUAUUGACAUGAAGAAUAUGUUUCAGUUGCUCGAGGAAAAACCUGGAAUAAAGGAUGAGCCUCAUGCAAAACCUUUGCAGUUCAAGGGAGGAUGCAUUGAAUUUGAGAACGUGCAUUUUGGGUAUGUACCAGAAAGGAAGAUUCUUGACGGGGUCUCUUUCUCUGUACCGGCAGGAAAAAGUGUGGCAAUUGUUGGAACUAGUGGCAGCGGAAAGUCAACCAUACUUAGACUUCUCUUCAGAUUUUUUGAUACAACUUCGGGAUCUAUACGAGUUGAUGGGCAAGACAUCCAGGGUGUCACACUGGAGAGUCUUCGGAAAUCUCUUGGUGUUGUACCACAGGAUACGGUACUUUUCAAUGACACAAUUAAGCAUAAUAUACAAUAUGGGCGGUUAUCAGCAAAUGAUGAAGAGGUUUAUGAUGCUGCUCGACGUGCUUCUAUCCAUGAUACAAUCAUGAACUUUCCUGACAAGUAUGACACAGUUGUCGGAGAGCGUGGAUUGAAGUUAAGUGGUGGUGAGAAACAACGAGUGUCGAUUGCUCGUGUAUUCUUGAAGGAGCCUUCCAUUCUGUUAUGUGAUGAAGCUACAAGCGCACUUGAUAGCACUACUGAAGCAUCAAUUUUGAAUUCUCUGAUGUCUUUAUCCAUCGACCGUACCUCAAUUUUUAUCGCUCACCGACUCACAACUGCAUCGCUAUGCGACGAGAUCAUCGUCUUGGAGAAUGGAACAGUAGUGGAACAGGGACCACAUGAUUUUCUUCUGUCAAAGGGUGGCCGAUAUGCCGAACUGUGGUCACAGCAGAACAACAGUGAAGUUAAUGAUGCUGCUGCUGUCAGCUUAGAAGUUUGAUAGACCCCCAUAUGUUUUUUUCCUUUCCCAUGGGAAAAUAUACAGCCGUAUUAGAAUGAAAAGUUGUUUUCUUCUGAUCUGCUUUUUGUAAAUGAGUCCUGAAGAUUUUAGAUAUGAUGGAACAGAGAUUAACAGUCGACGGGAAAAUUCUUCCAUUUCUGAGAGAUCGAAAAGCAAAAUUUUCCUAUAGAAAUACCUAACAAUCCUGGCAUAUGUCCAUGUCAAUGUAGCAACAUUUUUGGCACGUGGAAUAAUCCUAGUAAAUAUUCAUUGUUUCCA